AUGCCAUUUGGUUUAUCCAAUGCUCCAAACACAUUUAUGCAAGUGAUGAAUCAGGUGCUUACUGCAUUGCGGAAACAUAAGUUGUAUGCAGCAACAAAGAAAUGCUCUUUUUGCACCGAUAAGGUUCUUUUCCUUGGUUAUGUGAUAACCAAAGAAGGAAUCAAGGUUGACGAAAGUAAAAUUGAUGCAUUGAGAACUUGGCCAAGCCCUUCAACCUUAACAAAAGCAAAGGCGUUUCAUGGUUUUGCGUCUUUCUAUAGGCAUUUUAUCAAAAAUUUCAGUACUAUAGUGGCUCUCAUUACAGACUGUUUGAAAACAGGGAAUUUUAUCUGGACGGAAGAGGUAGAAAGGAGUUUUCAUGAUAUAAAACACAAGCUUAUGACUACUACAAUACUGUCAUUACCAGACUUUACGAAAACCUUUGAGGUACACACUGAUGCCUCCAAGGUUGGUGUUGGAGCUGUUCUUAGCCAACAAGGAAGAUCCGUGGCAUAUUUCAGCGAGAAGUUGGGUGGGUCAAAGCUUAGGUACAGUACUUACGAACUCGAGUUUUAUGUUAUUGUUCAAACUUUCAAUCACUGGCGGCAUUACCUUAUCCACGGUGCAUUUUUUCUCUACACCGACUAUGAUGCAUUGAAAUACACUGGGCAACAGGAUUCUAUAAGACCAAGACACUCACAGUGGUCUAAUUAUUUACAAGAGUUACCUUCGUGA